CCUCCUCUAGCUCGCGAAGGGGUGGGGAGCGCGGCGGCCCCGGCCCCGCCUCGCGUUCUCCCGAGGCUGAGCGGAACCAAGAGCGCGCGGCGCGGGGAGCCGGCCGGGCGGCGGCGCCGGCGGGGCGGGGGGCGAAGAUGAGCACGAAGGAGGUGACCUGCAGGUAUUAUAUGCAAGGAGUGUGUCGGGAGGGAAGCAAGUGUCUGUUCUCUCAUGACUUAUCUACAAGCAAGCCGUCUACUAUCUGCAAAUACUACCAGAAGGGACAGUGCGCCUAUGGCACUCGGUGCAGAUAUGAUCACACCAGGCUUCCUGCAGCGGGGGGCGCGGCGGGUCCUGUGCCGCCUCCCCUUUCGUCGGCAGCCCUGCCCAGUCCUCGCCCGGAGCACAGCGCGCCAGUGAUCAAGAGCAGGCUGCACGAGACUGGCAAACGGGAAAAGAAGACGUUAGUGCUCAGGGACAGAAAUCUGUGUGGCUUGAAUGAAGAGAAGCAGAAACCCAGUGCCACAAGUGAUGUGGUAUGUUGCAGUGACAAAAAUGAUAAUCUGGAAGUGAAGCCCCAUUCAUAUUUGGAAGCUAUUUGCAGUGGACUGGAAGAUCCGGUAGCUGGGAGUUCCUGUGUCGAUGGAGAGCAAUUAUGCCCUUACGCUGCAGCAGGAGCGUGCCACUUUGGAGAUCGCUGCCUCUACCUCCAUGGAGAUGUGUGUGAAAUAUGUGGCUUGCAAGUACUUCACCCUUUCGACCAAGAGCAGAGGAAGGCUCAUGAGAUGAUGUGUAUGGCAGCAUUUGAGCAUGAGAUGGAGAAGGCCUUUGCCUUUCAGGCAAGUCAGGACAAAGUGUGCAGCAUUUGCAUGGAAGUGGUGUAUGAAAAGCCGUCAGCCUCUGAGAGGAGGUUUGGGAUUCUUUCCAACUGUAAUCACACCUACUGUUUGUCCUGCAUCCGGCAGUGGAGAUGUGCCAAGCAGUUCGAGAAUCCCAUCAUAAAGUCUUGUCCAGAGUGCCGUGUGAUAUCAGAGUUUGUCAUUCCUAGUGCAUAUUGGGUGGAAGACCAGGAGAAGAAAAACAAGCUGAUUGAAGCAUUUAAGCAGGGAAUGGGGAAAAAAGCUUGCAAGUACUUUGAACAAGGAAAGGGAACUUGCCCAUUUGGAGGAAAGUGUCUUUACCUUCAUGCUUAUCCAGAUGGCAGGCGAGCUGAACCUGAAAAACCAAGGAAACAGCUCAGCUCCGAGGGGACUGUGCGGUUUUUCAAUUCUGUUCGCCUCUGGGACUUUAUUGAAGACAGAGAAAGUAGGACUGUGUCCAGUGCAGAUGAUGAAGUAACAGAACUUGGAGAACUUUUCAUGCAUCUUUCUGGGGCUGAUGAAGAUUCUGCUACUUCUCAAUAAAAAGAUCUAAAGGUAUUUAAUGAGUACAAGAAAGUACCUUCAUCCUUAAAAUGGCAAGAUAAGGUAAAGUAUCCUUUGUAAACAUACUAAAAACUGCAAGAUGAAUUUAGAUCCCCCUGUGGAUAUUGUUUGCUUGUUCAGGUUGUGGGGAAGGCAAGGAGGAAUGGUCAUUUGUCUCCUCUAAUACUGUACUAAAAUAAAAUGUAGAUAUAAAGAUAGGCUUUAUUUUUAUUAGGUUUUUUUUUUUUUACUUCUCUCUUAAAUGGGUCAGUUGUUGAAAGCAAAUUUUUCUAGUAUUGGUCUAAUGUUGCUUCAUGUAUGAAAGAUGCACAUAUGAAUCAACAGAAAAAUAGGAAGCCAGUUGCAUUGUAUUUCUGCAUCUACUUUCAUUUUCUGAAGUGACUCUUGUAUCCAUCUAGAAUAGUUCAUGUGCUAAUGGCUAUUUAUAAAAUACUUUGAAACUAUUAUACAUUUACUUAGUGAAAAAACACUUACUUGUGGAAACAGAGGUCGUUCCUCUCUAACUUUCUUUAAACAAUCUGCUACAAGCCUCUUCAUUGCUUUGGGGCAGUUCUUGUACAGUUUACUGAGGUCCGGAGAAGCAUACCCUCGGCCAACCAUAAAAAUAAUCUGAAAAAGAACAAAAAAGAAGUAGCAAAAACACCAAAGUUUUAAAAGUUGUUUCACUGGCUGACGGGCUUUAGUGUCCCAAAGUGAUUAAACACAAAUACCAAUGGCACAUGCACAGGCAGAGCCUUCUAGCUUUGUCGAAAAAAGUUAACUGAAAGAAUGGCCCUGCUUUUGUAUAAUAUAGGACAUGAUUCAAUCUAAGUGACGCUAUGUGGCUUAAAAAAUUCAGCAAGUGAAGGUACUGUCGCAUUCAGAAUAGUGACAAAUGUCACUCAACGCAAACAGUUAUUGGUUGCCAGCCAAUUUGGCAUGACAGCUCAAUUUGUCAGCACAACACUAUUUUCAGGCAUCACUAAAAUACCUUGAGAGGACAGAUGUAUAGCUAGCAAGUUGAAGGAGGUCAUCAUAACUAAUGCAGCCUGAAGUUGGUAAGUAUUUGUUUGUUUGGGGUUUUUUUUUUUUUGAGAACAUCAGUAAAGUGAUUUUUUUUGUGUUGGAAAAAACUUUGACUCAAACAGAGAAUGUAAAGAGAGUUAUCAUUUAUCAUUUUCAUCAGACUUCUUUUUACCUUAAUAGUUGAUUAUACCAUACUGACAAGACUAUUAAUUGGGUAAAAUAGUGGCUUUUUUUUUUUUUUUUAACAAACAGGACUAACUGUGUCAUCCUUUCUCUUGCAACGUCUUAUGUCUCCAAAAAGAGUCAAUUCAAUGCUACCAAGUUGUUAAAUAAGGUCUUAAUAUAGUUCUCCAGGAAAUACUCUACCCCUCCCAGAAAAACUUAUUUGAAUGGCAACAGUGUAACAUGUUUUGCGAUGGUAAUGAUCAUUAAAGCUUGCAUAUAAUUUCAGUAUUAUGAACUAAAACACUAGUUUCCCAAUUUGUAGACAACCUACAAAAUAACAAAAACUAACUUAACAGAAUUGCCUCUCCUGCUUGGAAUGCAAACUGCAAAACAUCCUAGGGGCUGAAGUCUAGUGUUUUCCCCCCCACACACACUGUUCAUUAUUAGAUCUUCGUUUAAAACAAAACAAAACCAUCCACCGAGGAUCAGCAAAGUAGAGAUCAAAAGGAUCUACUUUAAGUCUAUGCCCUGCAGAAGAAAAGCUUCAAGGAUGAAUUAGUUCUACACUUGUGAGGCAAAAGCAUUCAACUAAAUACAACAGUUGAGGUUUCAAUCCUUAAUGUUUCUUUAUAAUUAUCUGUUAACUAACUUAGUAAUAAUAAAACUUAAUAAAGAAUGUAAUUCAUACAAAUUAACACUCAAUGCUAAAAGGUCUGACAGUAGCCAUUGUUUUUUUCACUUAUUAGAAAAGCACAGAAUACAACUUUGCUUUUCUAAGAGCAAAAUUCUUAACAUCAAAAGGGAAAUUUCACGUAACUGCUAAUAUAUAAAAUACCAAGAUUUUACUGAUUUAGCAAAAGCCUUAAGCCUUAAAUAGAUUAACAGAGCACUUAAAGUAUUUUUAAACAAGGAAUUAUUUUCUUCCCCUUAGUAAUUGUCACUGUUGAUUUUACUGUAAAACACUCCUUUAUGCAGAUCUACUGCUAAUAUGAAGCAUGAUGUAAACAAAAUUUCAAUUCUUGUUUUGCAUUUGUUUUUAUCUUAUACUUCUUGAAGAAAACAAGAUAUACUAUGAUCAGAAAUAAAAUGCAAUAUUCUGAGGAAUACGUUUCUUACCUGAUCUCGGUUGUUUAUAUGGGAGUAUGGCAACUCUCCUGUCAUUAGUUCAUAUAAUACUAUUCCAUAGGAGUAGACAUCUGACUGAAAACUAAAUGGGUUACUAUCCUGCAUCCGUAUCACUUCUGGUGCCUUUAGAAGAAGAAAAGGAAACAAAACCAAGAUUAACAGAACAUGGAAACAGAAGGGACAAGGGAGGUAGAAUGGAAAGCAGAGAGAGGGAUCUCAACCAAAAACUAGUGAAUGAAAUGAUACCUCAGACCUCUGGCAAGUUUUACCUAUGGCUCUAGAAAAGCUUAGUCGGUGCUAUUCCACAUCUUACAAAAACAAUAUAGUUGAGAGUAAACAACAAAAAAAAAAACCACUUGAAUUUAACAAAGCAUUUUACUAUUACAAAAUGUGAUUAAUAUUCUUGUUUGUAAUAUACACUGAUUUUUCUUACAUCUUGCAUACAACUGAGAUCAAUUUUCUCACAAUCAAUUCUUAAACGGAUAUAAAUGCUAACGGGGAAAAUGCUUUCUUGACAAGAGCAAUACUCCUUGUGUACUUCAGCACAGAAGUUCCAAAAAGCUACCCCUGAGUCCAGCUGUACACAUGCAAAUAAUUACUUUAUUUAAUAAAUAAAUCCUAAGCACACUAGUAAAAUAUAUUUUUGUCUAGACAACUGUAACUCCAUUAUAUUGUUAUUAGAACUCAGAUCCUUCCUCCAACACAACUUUAACUGAAGUGCUCCCAAAUUUUCAUGUAUUAUUUCAAACAUUUAACAAUGUCCAAUCUAUUUGUUCAUGAGAAAACCCAGAGAAGGCAAGUAAUAUUAAUCAAUUCUAAUACAGACUUAAUCUACUUAAUCUCUACUAAAAUCAAUACUGAAAACAUUUACAUGAAAUGUGAAAGCAAAAUGUGGAAUAAUAUAUACAAUGACGAUGGGGGAAGAAAUGGGGAAGCAUUCUAGCGUCUUUGCAAAACAAAGUAGAAUUAUACCCUGAAGCUAAAGAACAUAGAAGAAAAUGUUAAACCAUCAAAACAGCUUUCCUACUGAUUUGGUAAGAUUUUUUUUUCCCCAAGUCUGUCCCUCAAUUACUGAGCAAAGGGUACUAAUUAAAGUAUCCCACUACAGUUAUGAGAACAACAGAAACCUCAGUAAAGGGCUGUAUCAACUUUCAGAGAAACAGAAUCGACAUCUCUUUUCUGUGUAAUGGAAACUCAGAAUUGGUUAAUAAAUGAUUAAAAUGAAAAAAAAAUGCAAAAAGCAAAAGUGAGAGGUCCCCCCCCCCCCAAGAUCUGUUUUAUGUAUAUAGGCAUACUUAUAAGUUUUUAAAUACUUUUUAGAAAGGUGUAAUUUUUUUUAAACUGCUUCCACUUUUCUAAUUUUGUUCAGGUUAUUUGUAUAUUUUUAUAUGUCACAAAUAAGUCUUGGCCAAGUAUCCUGGUAUUCUUAGUGAAUACUCCCUGACUUUUCUCAAAAUAUGAAUACUUAAGCAACAAAGAAGGCUGCUAGCCUCAUAAUAAAAAAAAUAUGUAAAUAUUAGAAAAGAAAACUGCUUUAAGUAACACCUUAAACUGUUUAAGUAACAUCAGCUCAGUGCUAAAAAUCUAAGAUUUAAAUUGUACUAUUAUUUAGCAUUCAACAAGUCAUUUUUAUUUUGUUACACUUUGAUGAAGUACAUGCCACAAAUGUAGCUGCAUGCCCUAACCUGGGAGCCAGAAAAUAUCAGUAAUCAGCCUGCGUGCUGAAACUAAGUAAACUGCAAUGUAUUAACAAAAAUGGGUCAAGUGAAACUGCAAAAGAAUAUUUUAUUUAAUACCACAGUGUGAAGUAAGAAAUUUUUGCAUGAUUUUGAUGAUGCUUUUUAACCUGAUAAUUGGCAAUUUUUUCAUUUACUCUGUUCAAGUCACAGAUUUGAAAAGUUAUUAUUUCUGCAGAUCGUUUUUAUGAAGAAAAAUAGGAGAACUGGCUUUUAAAUUCCUGCAGAAAUUAAUUUGUAAAGACAACUGUUAGGAAUCUAUUCUCAAGCAAGGACUGUGCAGUAACAUUGCCAAAAAGAAAAUUCCGUAAGUUUUUCAGUACAGCUUAAGAAUGCCCAUGCAUGAACUGAUGUUCAUCUGCAAUGCUUUGAGCUGUCUCAAAACUUACUGCAACUAUCUCAUCCAGGGUAAGGAGUACUAGUGAGCAUCAAAGCAGUAUCUUGGUGGGCAUCAGGCAUCAUAUCACAGUACUGAAGAUAAAUUGUGCUCACCCCCCCACACCCCCCCCCCCCAGUCGUGUGCUCAGCCAGUGUGCAAGAAGGGAUGUUGCCAAGUCCCCAGCAGGGAGCAGGCGAAGAACAGGCUGCAGUGCUCAAUGCAGAGAAAGACAGGGUCUUGGCAAUCCCACAAAGCUACCAUAAGCCAAUUAAAUCCUGCUCUGCAGUGAGACAAGCCCAUUUGGGGAAAGGCAGGUUAACUGCAGGAGAAGGGUUCUCCUCUUCCCUUGGACAGCUCCUUGGAUUUCCACCGGCAGCCCUAGCUCUCUGCCCUGGAUGCUUACAGCAACUCCAAAACUCAAAGGGAGAAUAAUUAGAUUCACAUGGGGAAUGGUGUCUACUUUGAGACAACUAAAGCACUCCAGCAUUUCAUUUUUCAACUUUUCUUUGUCCUACAUCACUGGAAUAAAAGUCUACAUAGUACUAACAGCAUAUAUUAAGAAUCAUUGUGAUUUAAAGCUUUGUCAAAUACGAGUUACAGUUUUCAACUGACAAAAUAUGUAUUAACAAAAGAAAACUAUUUAAAAACAGUAAAAUACUUUUCUCACCAUCCACAAGACUGAACCAGUGGGCUGUUCCACCUGUUGAGAUCCACUCCACCGGGAUUUUACAGUCGCCAGACCAAAGUCUCCUAUUUUCACUGUGAGGCCUUCAUGAAGAAAUAUAUCUAAACAUUUGUUAAAGAAAUUCUGUAGAAAAGUAAAGAACUGUAUUUUCUGACAUAAGUAAAUGUGGUCUGGUCAGGGUCAUCACAAAUACAAGUCGACUACCCAAGAUAUGAUGUCCAGGGACUCACAAAGAGUAAAAGCAAACAUCAAAUAAAAGCUAUUUACAUGAAGCAGUGGGAAACAAGUCUGUACUAUUUGAUACUUUUACAAAGACUGAUAACUAGCACUUUGGGUUAUUUUCAGAAGAAUCACUUUACAGUUAUAUUUAAGAAUGUUUUAAGUUCAAAAAGAUGAGUCAGAUGUGUAAGCAUGACAGACAAACACCUGCUUCUCAUAAAUGUAAUAAUUUGAGGAGAAAAGUUUCACAAAAGUUGUUACAAUUAGCAGGAAUCAAACUCCUACACACCUAUAUACUGAACUCCUAUAUACUAAAAUGAUUAUUCUUAUAGCCUAACUGAAAAUGGGAGACCCCUUAGAGAACUACUGAAUUUGGUGUAUUAUUUAUAAUGACCUUUGCAAAACACACUGUUCACAUUUUACGAAAGGAAAUUUCUAUUUAUGUAGCUAGUUCAAUAGAUAAUCUAUUUAGCGGUUUCAAAAACAGAAAUUUUCAAAGGUGAAAGACAUCAGUUCACAACAUUUUUAUUCCAUAUGCAUUAAUAAAUUCAUAUCUUUUAAGAAAUAUAUUGGUAAAGCCUCUAUUUUCCUGAGUUUAAAUUAAGAUUUUUGGCUUUACUUCUGCUAAAAUCAUCUGAAGGCAUUUUAAAUAAUUAAAAAUAUGGGAAACGGUAACAAAACAUGCGCGUGCAUAUACAUAAGCAUGCACUUCGCACACGGCCCCAUCAAGUAAAGAGUGCAGCUUCUGUCCUACACGGUAUUUGUAUAAUAGAAAUACACUGCAUAAACACUAUUAGAUUAAAACGGGCCACUUCUGAAGUACCACUGUUGAACAUCUUUAUUCCAUCCUUACAACAACAAUUAGGAAAGUAAGCACGCAAGUUCUACAAAAGCCCUUGCUAAAAAAGUGGCUUCUUGUUCAUCGGUAGGAAUUACUCAUUAUAUAGUAAGUUGCACACACUUGAAACAGCUAUUUCAACCCCAUAAAAGCGUUCCAUUAAUAACCAAUCACCCUCACAUUAAAGGAAUUAAGAUUAAAUUAGAAAAGGAUACUAUUGGAUUUCAUGUCUCUGUGGAUGAUAUUCUUUGCAUGUAAAUAGCUGUGGGAGAAAAAAAGCAGAAAAGUGCUGUAAUGAAGGUUGUUUAUAUAAAUUUAUUUUUUUAAUUUACUGAUAGACACUGUGUCAGUUCAUGAUAUACUCAACUGCAUUUUCAUUGCUCUCUUGAUUUAGUCAAUUUACAGGAUGAGUCUACUCUGGGGAAAAAGAGAAAUGCAGCAAGCGCUAGCUGCCUGGAAAGCUACUGCCCUGCGUGUUACAGGAGGAGGAAGCUAUGCAAUAAAGGAACUGUAGGAAGAGAGAGCAGCAUUAUGGUGAUGCAACUGAAUAACGCCCUGGAGAACCGGAUUCGGUCCUGAUGCUAACAAAGUUUAUAUGCUGUGCUAAGAGUCACUUUUCACAAACUGCUUUCGUUGCAGUAACAAAGUAUGUUCCUAGUUUUUGGGGCAUCUGACUGGAGACCUAGGUUCCGAUCUACAAAACAGAUGAGUCCUGACAGCUUCAGCAAAUAUCAGUGUCUUCUAUGCUAUGAAUAUUAUAACAUUAAUAGUUCUGAAAGAGAAAUUGGACGGUUACCAUGGUAACUGGAUGGUAACCUGAGUUGAGAUGGUAAUAUAGCAUGUUUCCAAGAUUCACCUGUGUGCAUGAGCCCUGUAGCUGUAAAAUGGGAGCGAAUUGCCUUCCCUCACCUCAAGAAGUACUGAGUAUAAAUCAGUGUUUGCCAAAACACUGCAAAGUUAUAAGUAACACAGGGGAAAAAAAAUAGUAAUUCUGUAUUUAGAACACGAUCUCAUCUAGUGUGUUCCAGUAAGACCUCAAGCUAGAAUAAAGUACAGAAAAGCUGAUAAUUAAAUAUGUUACGUUAGACUAUGGGUCUAACAUAAGCUAAGGCAAGAGUCCAUGCAAAAAAUAGUACAUGAAAGUAAGAAUGCAUACAACAGUGCUGAAUUAAGACUGCACAAAAUCUUUGUUUUUUCAUUUGAGUGCUUGACUUUACCAUCUUAACUGUCUUUUAACACAGAUCAGGGCAUAAAACCCUUUUAGAUCUAUGUAACAAAGAUUUAAAUAGCAUUUCAGAAGUUCUGAAAGAUUUAUUCAAACAUUCAGACAUUAACUCCUUACUCCAUAUACCAUAUUGACACCUUUUCACGACCCAUUAUUAUUUUAAAGCAAUAACUCUGAGUCUUAGGGUUAGGGGGGGAAGGGAAAGGGGGACAUCAUUCCAAGAGAUUAAAAUAGCCACCAUUGUUUAUCCUACUCACUCCAUUCCCUGUGCUGUCUGCCGGGCAAUAUCAAUGAGCUGGAACAUUUGGAACUUGGUCUCUUGAACAUGCAGGUGUUUAUACAGACUGCUUCCUUCACACCAUUGUGUAACAAUAGCCAGAUUAUCUUUAGUCAUGUAGCCCAUAAAGAGCAAAAUAUUAACAUGUCGAGUCUUCCUAAUAAAUAGUAGUAGAAAGAGAAAUUAGUAUCUUUAUAAAAGACAUUUUAAAGUUCUUUGAAACAUUCAUUCCCAGCUAAAGGAACAUGUUUCAGCUUUUGAGUCCAAAAAUAAAAGUUUCCUGAAAAAUGAA